AUGAUAUCCUACGUAGCUGAGAUCGCUCGCAAGUACCUAUGGCCUGGCCUAGCACCCACUGCCUGCAGGCCCGGCACGGUAAGGACGGCAAUCCAGUUCUUCAAACCCCUGGCUAUCCACGUCCAUGAGAAACCGUACAUUUGCGAAUGUGACGUGAGACACGUCGAAGGUGCCAAAAAGACCAAUGUCGAGUUUGAGAAACGCGGCGUCGAUGUCCACGAUGUUCGAGGGAACGAAGCAAGAUUCACACUCGAGCGAAACGGUUUCGAGAUCGUACAACACCAGAGCGCACUCAGUCGUAACGACUUCCGGGCUCGGGAGACCGUCGAAGAGAAGUACCUCCCUGAAUGCGAGGAGAUGGUGCGUCGAUACUAUGGUGCUGAGCGUGUCAUCGUGAUCAAUUGGAUUGUUCGUCAUGAUCAUCGAGGGACGCCCAGGAAGUACAAGGGCACAUAUAUGCCAGUGACAGCAGCUCAUGUGGACCAGACACAAAAGGCUCUACUCUCGAGGCUUGUACAGCAAGUGGGGAAAGAAGAGGCGGAGAACAUCUCCAGCACGAGAAGAUACUUGAUCGUCAACGUAUGGCGGCCACUCUCGGAUCCGGUAAUGAACUACCCGCUAGGAUUCUGCGACCUCCAGACAGUGAAGCCGGAAGACUGCACACCAGUCGACCUUGUCAAGACCGACAGUUACGAAGGAGAGAACCUAUACCUUCGAUAUAGCCCGCAACACCGCUUCUAUUAUCUCUCGAAGCAGCGUCCCCACGAGGUGCUGCUAUUGAGAAUGGCCGAGUCGGACCCUGAGCAUCCAGGACGUGUCUACCAAGGAGUCCCCCAUGCCGCUUUCCCUCUACCUCCCUGCCGGCCAGGUGAUACGGCACCGCCAGCUCGAGAAAGCAUAGAAGUGCGCAUAUUGGUAGUUGUGUGA